CAAAAUACGACACUGGCAGAAAUCGGCAGAAUUUAUGUCGUAUCUGUCAUCUGUCAGAUGAAAUUGGCUGGGUUGCAAAACUUGCAAAUGGAAAAGGAGGGAAAAUAAAUAAAUACUUAAAGUAAAAGUUUUGAUCAAGAGAAAUAGAUUAUAAAUUGUGUCACUACGUUGUAAUUGUAUAAGUUUUGUGUUUCUUUUGUUCGUGUAUUUUGUAAUAGCAUCCAGGAUUAUGUCAAUGACUUUUAUGAUAUAAAAAAAAUGUCUGUUCCAAGUCUGCAAGCUUUGAGCUUACAGAAAGUUGUGACGCGAUUAUGGUGGACUUCCGAUCUACGAGACGCUCUUCUUGACAUAGCAGUGGAUAUUAAAUGGUACGGAACAGGCACUUUCCUACUAACAGAGGAAUCAAAAACGAUACGAAACACUUAUCAAGAAAUUAUAAAGGCAAUUUUAACCAAAGUGACUGCUGCUACCAAUAUUCCAUUAAGAAUCAAACUAAAAAUAGCCUUGUCUUUGAUGAGAAUAGAAAAUGACACACUGAAAAGUAUUGUGGAUCUUACAAAGUUUUUAUGUGAGCCAUCAAAGGAAAACAUUGCAUACUGCAUUGAUAAAGUAUGGUUUACUACUGAUUGCACUGUGGAUCGGUGUGAAACUGUCCUCUCAAUAUUGCAAUAUUCAUAUAUGAACCUUGAAAUAAAUGCAUAUAAUAUAAGCAAGUUUUGCUUAAUAACACCUGAUAAGCUAUUUGACAUGAUGCGUUAUAUGCGUACAAUAUGCUGUGAUAGAAAAGAAAUUAGUAUGAAAAUAUGUAAACUGCUAAAAGCAAUUUUGAAUUUUGACAUGUAUGAUAGAAUGGAAACUGAUGCUAGAUGCUCCAAGUUUUUUAAAUGUGAUCCUGAUAUGUAUCAAUAUGACGAAAUUCUUGUCUUAGCUCAUAUUUUAUUAAAUGAAAGUACAGAAAUCUUUAGACAUUUUUACAAUAAUUGGAAUACAACAAAAAAAGUUCAGAAAUUGGCAUCAGCUACAGUGUGUGUUGUACUAUCCUGUGAAAAUUCCUUUUCAAUACAAGAGAGCUUAAUAUAUGCCUAUAAAAUCCUACCAGACAAAUUAUUCCUGAAAAUAUUAUUAAGAUUUCACAAAUUAGUGUUUGACAAACUAUUCUUAAGUUUUUUCAGCUCUACAUGUCUUGAUUUUUUCAAUUUAUUAUUGAAAAAUAACCAAUUUAAAAUUUGUAGAGAUAUUUUGCAUAACACUGAAGAGAUAUUAUGUAAACAAGUCCCUGAAACUAGUUACAAGAGCAUUGUAUAUGAUAAUAGCAAAUGCACAUUCAUGAAUAUGUGGAGUCAAGCUCCAGACUCAGUGAAACUGCUUCUUAGAGAAGGAUUGAAUGACAUGAUGGACUGUGCUCUCAAGAACAAUGAUGUGCAGUUGCUCAGCAUCUUCCUUAAUGAUAGUGCAUUUUCAAAUGAAGAAAAACAACAGCACUACAUUCACUUAUUCAGUAGGCUAGUCCUGCCAUCAAACCAGAGCAAAGUGAAUGAAAUUACAGAAGAAGUGGCUGGAUUUGACAUUAAUGAAAUUAUCAAUAACAUUACUGUAGCUGAUUUCAAAAAGAUUCUGAUUAAAAUUUGUGAAACGCAAUGUAAUUUGGAAUACCUGGUAAAAAAUAUAGAUGAGGAAGUAUUGAUUAACUUUAAAAUAGAAGUAACAAAAGAUAAACAGUUCAUGAUUGAUUUGAUAAUUGCAGUCCUGAUCACAAGUGACGCAGAAAAAAAUAUGAAAUACUUGUUCAUGUGGCUGUUCAACAAUGAAGCUGAUGCUCAACAUUAUGUGCAGAAGUAUUUGGUCUCAGAUUUUUGGUUGGCUGAUCUAUACAAAACAUAUUUACUGACAACAUCAAACAAGUCUGUCUACCCAAACACAGAUAUUUUUAAAUAUUUGAAUGUUCCUGAUGAUAUCAAAAACUUAGUAAAAGAAAUAACACGCAAUGAUUUAAAACUAGUUUUUAAACUGUGUGAAAAGUAUACUGCAAGAAAGUUCUGUAAAAUAUAUAAACUUCUAUCAUGUCUAUAUAAUGAAAACCAAGGAAAAGAAAAAGCGCAGUUAAAAUUGCAGUUUUUACAUUCAAAAUGUGGUGAGAAGAGCAUUUACCGCCUAUUUAGCUCUAAUUACUUUAACGAAAACUGGUAUGUGACGUAUCAGUUCAUGGACACAAUCAAAUACUAUUUUAAAUUUCACAAAUAUUGGCUCGAUUGUGAAUUUCGAAAUGAAGAGUUUGAAUGUUUUAUAAAAAAUCUCCCACAAAAGCUUCCACACCCUAAUUCUGUAGGAGAGUUGAAACAUUUGAAGACAAGACACCAUACUGGGAGAAUACCUUUGUUUUAUUCAGAGAGUCCACGUGAUAACAGGGUCAUUGUAGAUGCAAACUAUCGCAUAUUUUGUAAUAUCAUUUUGCUUGAUGCAGUAGCCAAAUACCGUGUGUCGAUGUACAUGAAUCAUGGACUUCAAGGUACUCUUACUGAAUAUUCUGUAAAAUUUCCAUCAGAAUGGUACACCUUUAAGGAAAUACCUGUUGUAUUAGAAUAAAUUUCGUUUUCAAAGGAAACUCUUUAUUUAUAUAGUUAGCCACGAUGAGAAUGCAAAAAUAAGCUUAUGUCAACAAAUACCUGAAACUACCUAUAUUUGAUCUCAUACAAAUUAUUAAUUAAGUAAUAUACAAAAAUAUGUCUGUGAAUCCUAAUUACU